AUGAAAGUUAUCAAAAGGCGGCGGUCCAUUAAAUCUUGCAAGUACUGCUACGAACAUAAGUUACGGUGUUCCAAAGAAGAACCGUGUAACAAUUGCAAGAAGCAUGGAAAACUACAUCUGUGUAUUUAUGGAUUCGAUAAAGAUGCUUCCCUUAAUCAGUCCAGUUCGAGGAAAGGAAGUCGAAAACAGUUCGGUAAAACAGUAUCCAAGAUCGAGCGCAAGCCCACAAAUGGUAACACUGGCCCUUACUAUCCUUUCCUAAUAGAAGCUCAAGAAGCAAGUCUUCUUGGAGAGGACAGUAACGCUGGGACGGAACGCGAUCAAAAAAGCGGUAUGAGAAGAAAUGCGAUCACUCACUUCGACCGGCUCGGAGCAGGAAACAUAUCUAUGGAGGAUAUUUUGAAAAUGAUUCCAGAAAGCAAGGCAUCUAUGAGUCUUUUAGUAGACACUUAUUUUCAUCGUAUCAAUCCCAUCAUACCGUUACUGGAUAGAGAUGCUGCUCUGUCGCAAAUCAAAACCAUAUAUGACCAACACAGGUCUGGACAGAAAGUGGUUGCGAGAGAUUGUAUUGUGAUGUUUACAAUACUAUUCACCGUGGCGUAUGCCCAUGUUGCAGAGGGGCAAAUUCCGGACCUGCUUCUCUGCAAUAAGUAUUACGCAGCUUUCCAGGCGCUUCUUCACUAUGAUUCUUUCCCUUACAAGCCUUCCAUAUCAUCAAUACAAGGCUUGUUGAUAGUUAACUUCGUGUUGGACCCAAAUAUGAUUAACACUCUUACAGUAUCAGCAAUUGCGCUUCGUCAAAGUCAGAAACUCGGCGUGGAAAGGCAAAUAAAGAUUUCUACUGGGGACGCAGAAACUGGUAAGAACUACCUUCGAGCCUUCUGGCAUUUUGUCCUAUACUUCGAAGGGUCAUCCUCUGUGGUUUCUGGUCUUCCAUUCAUGCACUCUACAGGCUUGUUCGACUCGGUCGAUCUGCCCGACGUCGACAGCAGUCCAGCUCCGGCACACAUGGCAUUUGCAAACGGAAGGUUUUUAGUCAAUCAAAUGUUUCAAGAAAUCAUGCACUACAAAGACACCGAAACUAUUCCCGUGGGUGAUGCAUUGGUCAACGUACAGAAACGCUUUGGAGAGCUGAACAUGCAGAUAGAAGAGCUUUGCACCAAAAUCGGUGUGUUAAGUAGAGGGCAGGCGGUUUACUUCGUAAGCACGUUAAGAAUUUUUCUUUUGAGAGCAUAUCUUAGGUUCAUAGCCUUGUUUCCUCCUUUGAUUAACAGACCCAAGAAGAAUGAGAGUUUUGACGAGCAGCCCGCUGACUACGUCAAAAUACUCGACCAAGUGAUAAAAUAUGGGGUGGUCAUGAGGAAAGAGACCGUGGAGCUUUCAAUUCUCCUUCUAUUUUAUACACUGCGCCGGCUCACGGUGGAUAGUUGCUCGAGGUUUGCGUGGUAUUCUAAAGGUUCCAUGGUUAUGCAGUAUCUUUUCAUCCUACUGAAAGCUAUUUAUCAGGACCCUGAUGCAUCUUAUGGCAUUGCCAAAUUCAAUCCUGAAUACCCUGUCAAUGUCUCGGAGGACAUUCAGGAAUGCGUGAAUACAGAUGCUGCGGGUUUCAAAUACGUUUUGGUGGAGGAGCUUUUCAGGCUGUUGGAAGUAAAGUUGGCUCCUCUUUGGGAUGAUGGCGAUCUCAACUGCUUCAUCCUACUGCGCUCACUUAAAGAUAGAGUUUGGGAGCUGUGUAAAGAAGAGAUUGAAAUCAGAAAAAUCACUUUCAUAUCCUUGAGAGCGUGCGCUUUGUUUCGAGCCUGUCAGGCCAAAAUGGAGACGUUUUUGCCUUCAAAUUUUGAAAGUUACAUGGAGCAGUGGGAUUUUGGUAGCAGAGCUUUCGAUGCAGAAAUCGUAAUGUCAUGGCUGUCACACGUAUGA